ACACUUCUCUCUCCCUCUUCCAUCUCCACUGCUAUAUAAUUCUCCCCGGCCCAAUCUCAUCCGUCCAUUCUCUCUGCAACAAUAUCCUGUCCGUCCGUCCGUCCGUCCCUCUGUUCAUCUCUCAACAUCGCAAGCCAUCCAUUCCAGUUUUCUUGAUUAAUUGGAGGAAUUGAAGCUCUAGCAACAAUGGCUUGCUUAAACAUCUCCAAAAUGGAUCCACGGGAGGAGAACGUUGGGCGAGGGGAGUGCACCCUUGACGGAAGUAUUGAUAAGCACGGCCGACCGGCUGUCCGAGCAACCACCGGAGGAUGGGUUUCCGGCGUGCUUUUGCUAGUGAACCAAGGAUUAGCUACGCUGGCAUUUUUUGGUGUGGGGGUAAAUCUGGUAUUGUUCCUAACAAGAGUGAUGGGGCAAGACAACGCUGAGGCGGCUAACAACGUUAGCAAAUGGACUGGCACUGUUUAUAUCUUCUCCCUUCUUGGAGCCUUCCUUAGUGAUUCCUAUUGGGGGAGAUACAAAACUUGUGCCAUCUUCCAGGGCAUUUAUGUCAUUGGGUUAGUGUCACUCUCCAUAUGUUCACAAAUUUUCCUAGUCCGACCAAAGGGCUGCGGCGACAAGAACAGCAAAUGCGGCGACCACUCGACGCUCCAUGUCGUGCUGUUCUACGUGUCGAUCUACCUAGUGGCGCUGGGGAACGGCGGCUACCAGCCCAACGUGGCGACGUUCGGCGCCGACCAGUUCGACGAGGAUCACCCGAAAGAGAGCCACUCCAAGGUGGCCUUCUUCAGCUACUUCUACUUGGCCUUGAAUCUCGGGUCUCUGUUUUCCAACACGGUUCUUGUUUACUUCGAAGACAAGGCCAUGUGGGCGUUGGGGUUUUGGGCCUCCGCCGGCUCCGCGUUCUCGGCUUUGGUGUUGUUCCUCGUUGGGACGCCGAGGUACCGGCAUUUCACGCCCAAAGGGAACCCUCUGUCGAGGUUUUGCCAGGUGGUGGUGGCGGCUGCUAGGAAAUGGAAGGUGCAGCUGCCUUGUGAUGCGGAUGAGCUCCAUGAAGUUGAUGGGGAAAAUGGCACCAGAAAAUUGCUCCACACUGAUGGAUUUGAACUUUUGGAUAAGGCAGCAGUGGUUGUACCAAAGCAGAAGGCAAGCUUAGCCGGAGAAGAAGGUGGAUACAAUCCAUGGCUUCUCUGCACCGUGACUCAAGUGGAAGAAGUGAAAUGCAUAUUAAGGCUGCUUCCAAUUUGGCUAUGCACGAUCCUAUACUCCGUGGUCUUCACCCAAAUGGCCUCCCUGUUCGUCGAGCAAGGCGCCGCCAUGAAAACCGACGUCUCCGGCUUCCACAUCCCGGCGGCCAGCAUGUCCAGCUUCGACAUCCUCAGCGUCGCCGCCUUCAUCUUCAUCUACCGCCGCCUCCUCGACCCCUUCGUCGCCAGCCUAAAGAAGUCCGCCGGCGCCCGCGGCCUGACGGAGCUGCAGCGCAUGGGCGUCGGCCUGAUCAUCGCCAUCAUGGCGAUGGUCGCCGCCGGCACGGUGGAGCACUUCCGGCUAAAAUACGCCGACAUAGACUGCCCCCACUGCGCCAACUCCAGCUCACUCAGCAUCUUCUGGCAGGUCCCGCAGUACAUGCUGAUCGGAGCCUCCGAGGUCUUCAUGUACGUCGGACAACUCGAAUUCUUCAACGCCCAGACGCCGGACGGGCUGAAGAGCUUCGGCAGCGCCCUCUGCAUGACGUCAAUCUCGCUGGGGAAUUACGUCAGCAGCUUGCUCGUCAGCAUUGUGAUGAAAAUCUCCACCACGGAUUCCAUCCCGGGAUGGAUCCCCGGCAACCUUAACAGGGGCCAUUUGGACCGGUUUUACUUCCUCUUAGCCGCCCUCACGGCGGCGGACUUCGCCGUCUACAUCGCCUGCGCCAAGUGGUACAAGUACAUCGAGUUCGAAGACAGGAUUGAUCAAAGCAAUAACAAUGUUGAGGCGGCAGAUUUCAAAGUCUAGUAAUUUAUCAGUGUUACUUUUUGAUAGAGCAAAAUAUGGAGUAGAAGGAAGAUUAUAUAAUAUAUUAAUAUAUAUAUAUAUAUAUACACACACAUAUAUAUUAAGUGAAUAUAUGUAUAUGUAUAUACAUACAUACAGUGCAAGGAAGCUAGAGGAGUUUUGUACCUUCUCAGAGCAGAGCAUGUAUACUAAGAUACCUUAACAAAGCUAGCUAGCUGUUGUUUAGAAGAUGACUAGCUAACAUAUCCUCAUCCUCCUCACAUCUUAUGUAUUUUUGUUAUUUUCUUCUUGUUUAAAGCUUUAUGAUU